AUGGUAGCUAUUACUCGUGGUACAUUAGCACGCAAACUUCAAUCAUCAAAUAAAACUAUAAGUACAGUUGUAUCAGGCACUGUAAGAAAACAAUCUACUAAAAAGAAGACAAGAACAGUUAAACAAUGUACAUUAUCAUCAUCAUCUAAUAGUACUACUUCACCGCCAUUGCAAUUAUAUAAUGAGGUGGCAGGCAAAAGUAAUAUUAUUGGUGCUAGUAAAUAUGAUCUUUAUGGUAAUGCAACAGGAAGAGAAUAUGAUUUGGGUCGAGAUGGAGCAUUUAGGGCAUAUAAUAUUUUAAUUGCACAAUUAUAUAGUGAUGUUCCGUUUGAUGAUGUAGCAAUGCAAAAACCAAUUGAUGAACUAAAUGUUAAAGGCUUUCAAGUGAAACACGUCAAAACCGAGGACGAAUGUAUAAAAGAACUUGCUUCAAAUCGUUAUGAGAUCGCAUGGAUUAUAAGUACUAGUCGUAUUCAAAACUCAAAAUUUAUUUCAGCCUUAACAGCUUUUCAUUCAACUGGUGGUGGUAUUUUUUUAUUUGCUGAUAAUCCACCAUACACAUGUCAUGCAUCUGAAUUUCUUAAAACACAAUUUGGUAUUACUGUCGAUGGGUGUUAUCAAGCUACACAAACACUGACAUACAAAGAAAAUGGUCAUCAACAAACUGGAAAUUUUGGUCAACAUGAAAUCUUUACCGGAAUUACACAUUUGUACGAAGGUCAUACUAUAUGUCACCCAGUAUAUUCAACACCAGAAAGUCGUACGGCACUCCUCACUAUAGCAACAGCUACUGAUGGUAAUCCUUGUAUUGCUGUUUAUGAGCCACCUACGACGUCAACAGAAGGACGAUUAUGUUUAGACUGUGGCUUUACCAAACUAUAUAUCGAUUGGGAUUCUGCAGGCACAGGACGUUAUAUUAUUAACACCAGUUGUUGGUUAUUAGGAAUCGAAAAACGUUUGAAAUAG